CGUCUUUGGGGUUACCGAAAAACGUUGUCACGUAAAUGAAAGUCUCUUCCUCUUCCACCAUCCCAAGUGAGAGAAGCAGAAACGCGGAAUCAGCCCACGUAGAAUAGCUGGGGCCCCGAGGAAGGAAGGAAGGAAGGAAAGAGUGCCUCUUCUCUGUCGCCGGCGUUGACGUCGUGGGCGCCUCUUGCAGGAAGAAGGACGAGGAAAAGAGAUCAUCAAAAUCUCUAUAUAUCUGUCUCUCGCUCGCUCUCUGAACGACCAUGGAGGCUCCUCCAUUGAACGACUGUUGCUCGAUCUGUCACGACGACUUCACCCUCGCCUGCCAAGCCAAUUGCUCCCACUGGUUCUGCGGAGCUUGCAUUCUUCGUGUAUGGCAUCAUGGUUCUGUAUUACAAGCUUGCAAAUGUCCCAUAUGUCGGCGUACAAUUUCUUUGCUGAUACCUUGUGAAGCUGCACUUCAUCAGCGCUAUGAACCAGAAGCUCGCCAGGUUAUUGAGGAGGUUGAAAAGUACAAUCGUUCAUUCGGUGGUAGUUCACUUAGUCUUAUUCAGAGGAUACGUGAUAUGCCUUUCCUUCUCAGAAGGUUGAUGAGAGAACUCUUGGACCCUCGGAGAUCUCUUCCACUUGUCUUCAAGGCCCGGAUGAUUUUUUCAGUCCUUGUUAGUGUUAUAUAUGUGAUCAGUCCUGUGGACAUUCUUCCAGAAGGAAUCCUGGGUAUUAUUGGUCUUCUUGACGACUGCCUUAUCGUGUUGAUUGUUUUCCUUCAUCUUUGUACCAUGUAUCGUUCAGCACUUGUAUCCCGGCAUGGAGGGGCAUGACCUUACUUUGUCCGGGGAUAUCAGAUAUCUUCUAGACAAUAUUAGCUUUCAGGUUUGUCUCCUCUGACACAAGCAUCUCUUCUUAUUUGGUCAAACUUUUGUAACUUCUCAGUUGUGUUGAAGGCGAGAAGAUUGUGCAGGAAUAAAUUUUGGGGUUCUUGGCAGUCUAAUGUGAUACAGUCAGAGCCAGUUUUUUUCCCCGUUUCUUUUUGGGUCAUUUGUCUCCUCCCGUCGGUAGCCCUUCCCUCAAAGUCAACAAGAAACGCUGUUCAUAGUUGGGGGUUCGUCCAUGUUGUACCUAAGUGGAUAUUGGGCUUAUACAUGCGUAGAAUGUGCAGAAAAGUAGGUACAGAUUUGCAUUGUUUUCUGCAUCAUUUUGUACUAUAAGGACAAUAUUCACAUAUAUCUCAUAAUAAGCUUUGCUGCAAAUUUCAUUUUGUAUUUGUCUGUUAA